GCUAGGUGAUAAUAGAGUGCAAAUCCAAUUUGGCCUGAAACUUCUGGUAAUGGCGUUGGAAUCAGCGAAGAGGUCACUGGAAGAGGCGGCAGUGGAGACCCUUCCCACGCCUGCCCUCGACGCUCUACCUUCCAAGUUCUACGAUGCCUUCCUCCUCCGUGGCCUCCGCAUCGAUCUCGUGGAGCCCGGUCGCCUCCUCUGUUCGUUGAUCAUUCCAGCUCGCCUCCUAAACACAGGAAAUUUUCUGCACGGCGGCGCUACCGCGUCACUGGUCGAUCUUAUCGGCUCUGCAGCUUUCUACACCGCUGGGGCAAAGACAAGGGGAACUCCUCUGGAAAUUGGCGUCUCCUAUUUGGAUGCUGCCUUUGCCAACGAUGAAAUCGUGAUUGAAGCCAAGGUUCUGCGAGCAGGAAGGACAGUCGGGGUUGUCACAGUAGAACUUCGACAGAAAAAGACAGGGAAGAUCAUAGCUAAUGCACGUUAUACCAAGUAUUUUGCUCCAUUAAGUAAUUUAUGAGGUAAUCUUCUGUGUAUUCUGUUUUUAGUAAUACAUGUUGGCAUUAUACAUGCUGGGUUUCACAUCCAUUAAUUGAAAAUUUGUGAUGUGGAAAAUUACAAGAGCUGGAGUAUGUAAAAUGUUUCUGGUUUCAGCUGAAUCUUUGUUUAUAUCAGAAACUAUGUCCAACUAUUGUAUGCUUGUUAUCAAUAUAUAUUAUAGAAAGGUAAAAAGCUAGUCCUA